AUGGUGCGAGCGCCAAUACCGUUGGUCAACCUCUCCGCAGUCCUGAGUCAAGAGGAGAUCUAUGAGCACUGCACAGUCUAUCACUAUGAUCCAACAUGUCAGAGCCGACGUAACACAGAGCACCUCACUGCGGCUACCGCGAUUGGUCAGCAUCAACAUCAUCUCGAUAAUGCUCUACUAUCGGAGCACAAUAAUUACCAACCGACGGCAUUAGAUGUCCAGGUUACCGAUCAACAGCACAUCGAUUUCGACAUCGAAGCUGGUGGGUUUUCGCAAGGCGAUGCUGCCCUCCUUGGUAGUCCACCCGCGUAUUCGUCAAUCACGGCACAGGGCGCAAGUCCCGUGGGAAAAGACGGAGGAAUGAUGCGGACGUCGGCACAUGGUUCAAACAUCAUCAGCUUCCCAUCAGAAAACGCAACUAUUGAAUUCCCACACCGGGAGAAUUCAUUGAUCGUCAGCGGAUCUUUCAACAGCAACUCGCACGAAGCGCUUCGUCAUUCCGAGCCAGACAAUGUCCAUGGUCUUGGACUCUUUCCCCCGCAAGAAUCGUUCAACGCUGGUAUCCAUGGAGAAUCUUUCACAGUAAACGACUCUUUCACCACUGUGAAGCUUUCUCCUCCGAUAUUGUCACAGCUCGACGAACAGGCCUUCGACGAGGAUUUUUGCCAGAGACACGACGCAAACUACGAAUAUGGUGGGGCCCACAUGAGAAGCAACCGGGAUGACGUGGGGGAUGAUGCUAUCUUGGCAAAAAAAGAAAGAUGA